AUGGUCAGAGGAAGAAGAAAUACAAAUACACAAAAUGAUGUUGACAAACAAGAUUGUCCAUCAAAAACGAAGACUGAAGGAACGAAAGCAAGCAUACUAAAGAACAAAGCCGACUGUGGUGAAGACAGUGGAACCCGGAGGAAAAAGAGAAAGUCCGAUGUAGAUGUUGUUGAAAAUAAAGGGGAAGGAAAGGAAGUGGGUUUAAAGAAAAGCAAAGUUUCAACCAGGAUCAAGUCAAGUGUUGGUGACAAGUUGAAAAACGGUAAUAUCCGUGGAAAAGUAAAACAAGAAGUCGAGAGAACUGUUAAAAAAGAACCAGCAGGUGAAAGUGACGUUGCCAAGAAACCAGUGGGACAGAAGACGAGAAAAGUGUCAAAACAAGCAGCGAAAUCUGCGGUAAAGAUUAAAAGUCAACCAAAGUGUGCCAGUCUGCCUGCCAUUUCUAAAUUUAACCUGUCAUCUCAUAAGUGUGCGAAACGUGUAGGAGCUCAUGUUUCCAUUGCAGGUGGCCUCUAUAAUGCUGUAGAUGCUGCUGUUUUUCAUGGAGCAAAAGCAUUUGGAUUGUUUCUGAAAUCACAACGACAGUGGAAUUCAAAGCCAUUGCUUGAUAAAGAUGCAGAAAAAUUUAGAAAUGCGUAUCAGGAAGCAGGAUUCUCCCCAGGUGACAUCCUCCCUCAUGGCUCUUACCUGAUGAAUUGUGGUUCGUCUAACCCAGAAACCCUCCAGAAAAGUAGGGAUACCCUUGUUGAUGAACUUCAGAGAUGUGAAAAGCUUGGUCUGACGCUGUACAACUUCCAUCCUGGAUCAAGCUGUGGCAAUAUCACCACUGACCAAUCACUAGCCCUGAUUGCUGAAAGUAUCAACAUGGCUCACACAAAGACCAAAUUUGUCAUAACAGUCAUAGAAAAUAUGAGCUGUCAAGGUAGCACAGUUGGAGGAAAAUUCCAGGAAUUGAGAGAAAUCAUUGACAAGGUGAAGAAUAAGGCUAGAAUUGGAGUGUGUCUUGACACUUGCCAUGCUUUUGCUGCAGGUCAUGACCUGUCCAGUCAGUCUGGAUUUGAAAAGAUGAUGGCGGAGUUUGGGACAGUAGUUGGUUUUCAGUACCUAAAGGCUAUGCACCUUAAUGAUUCUAAAGGUACUGUGGGUUGUCACCUUGACCGCCAUGAGAACAUAGGACGUGGCCACAUUGGGAUUGAAGGCUUCAGACGUGUCAUGUGUGAUCCCAGAUUCAACAAUAUGCCCAUGAUUCUAGAAACACCACCUGCCUCAGACGACAUUUACACAAAAGAGAUUAAACUGUUACAUUCCAUUUGUAAAUCAUAAAAGGGAACAAUUUAUUUCAUAAAGGACGAUUCUUUCAUGUUCCACCCAACAGCCUUUGCAAAAACUACACCUUUGCCAAGCUAUCAGCAUUAAGUUGAAUUAAUCAAUCAACUUUUAGAUCA